AAAGGCAGAAUUCUCCAAGGCAGGCUCAGCGACGGCUGGAUUCAAUCUUCUCUUCCCAAUCUUCUUUUGCUGCCCGUCAACAUGGGGACCCUUUCCCCCUUGCUUCUCCUUCUCUCUGGCCUGAUGGGCACGCUGUCCCAGGAAGAUCUCGAAGGAAAGGCCUUUGUUUUCCCUUUUGCUUCGAACGUGGCCUUCGUGAGGUUGAAGAUGGACAUGAAGAAGCCUCUGACCAGCCUCACAGUGUGUGAGAGGUUCCAGACAGACCUGGUGCGUCCGUUCGCCCUCUUCUCAUAUGCCACCAGGGGAGAGGACAACGAGUUCUUGCUCCACUGCGAUAAGCCAAACAUCUUCAGCAUCUUCAUGAAGCACGGGAUUGUCACCUUUGACGUCUCCAAAAAGCCGGCAUCUUCCACCGGCAGGGAGCACAUCUGUUUCAGCUGGGCAUCCAAAACAGGGCUGGGAGCUCUUUGGUGGAAUGGGAAACUCUUAGCUCGAAAAUCAAUCAUGAAAAACCUCGUUGUCCACGGCAACGCCUCCAUCAUCCUGGGACAAGAACAAGAUUCCUUUGGAGGUCAUUUUGAUGUCAACCAGUCCUUUGUGGGAGAGAUUGAAGAUGUCUACUUCUGGGACCGGGUCCUGGAACCUGAGGAAAUAUGUCGCGUUUGGGACAACCGCGUGGUGUCCCGUCCUCUCAUCGACUGGCGGGACCUACGUUAUGAAAUGCACGGAGAGGUUGUCGUGGCACGUUCCAGCAUCUGUGCCUGCCGCAGUGACCGUGCUGGGCCACCUCUUUGGUCACCCAGACAUCCGUGAAAAAUUAGCAAAUUGUGUGUGUUAAACAUCACCAACCCCUUUCCCUCCCACCUGAGUGAUUCGGUCAACAGCACUAUAGCAAUCUCCCCCAUCUUUCUGUUAUGAAAUGCACCAGCUUCCUCCCGCAGAAAUCCCAUUCCA